AUGGUGAUCAUUACUACAGGAUACAGAGACCAGCUCGCAACAGGCCUCUCUGGCUCCGGCUCUCCCCGUCUCGAGAGCUGCCUUUUGACGAGGGCAGAGGUGCUUUUCCUCUUCCGCUCCUUCCUCCGCACGGUGAAGCAGUUCUCCGACUACAACAUCCGCGAGUACACACGCCGCCGCGCUGCAGAUGCGUUCCGUGAGAACCGUGCCCUCAAAGACACUCCAGCCGCUGCGGUGGCAUUCGCCAAGGGGAAGCAGCAGCUGGAGGUCGCGAAGCGGCAAGCGGCGCUCUACGCCCCCAAGGCCAAGAGUGUGAUGGAGUUGAAGGUGCAGUGA